AUGGCUACCAACAUUUCUGCUUCUGCUUCUUCCACCACCAAUCUACUCAACCAACGCCUCUUGUCGUUUCCACCUUCUCAAUACAAUAAAAACAUCCUAACUAAACCAUACCAACAACAAUGUCUUUUGAUCAGUUCUUCCAAUAAGAAGAACAGGGCAGCAAUGGUUGUUAAUUCGUCACGUAAAUUAAUCAAUUUGGAUCAACAUGAUGAUUAUUUGGACGUCGACGACAAGCCUAAGGAAGAGUGUGGAGUGGUUGGUAUCUAUGGUGAUCCAGAGGCCUCGCGUUUAUGUUAUUUGGCGCUCCACGCCCUUCAGCACCGUGGUCAGGAAGGUGCUGGUAUGGUUACUAUUGAAAAUAAAGUUGUUAAAUCGGUUACAGGUAUUGGAUUGGUUUCUGAUGUGUUCAACGAGUCGAAACUUGAUCAACUUCCAGGUGACAUGGCUAUUGGUCAUGUUAGGUAUUCUACUGCUGCUGGCUCUUCUUCAAUGCUGAAAAAUGUUCAGCCUUUUGUUACAAGUUCUAAAUUUGGAUCUUUUGGUGUUGCACACAACGGUAAUUUUGUGAAUUAUCAAUUGCUUCGUGCUGAACUUGAGGGGAAGGGGUCAAUUUUCAGUACAACUUCUGAUACGGAGGUGGUACUUCAUCUUAUAGCAAAAUCAAAGGCGAGGAUUUUUGCUUUGAGGGUCCUUGAGGCUUGCGAGAAGCUACAGGGAGCUUACUCGAUGGUGUUUGCGACAGAGGAUGGUAAGUUAGUUGCAGUAAGGGAUCCGUUUGGGUUUAGGCCAUUGGUUAUGGGUAGGAGGAAGAAUGGUGCUAUAGUUUUUGCCUCGGAGACAUGUGCUUUGGACUUGGUUGAGGCUACGUACGAAAGGGAGGUUCAUCCUGGUGAGAUGGUGCUAGUUGAUGAAACUAGUAAAGAACCUCAAUCAAUGUAUCUACUGAAGCCUCAUCCUCCUGGGCCUAAAUCUUGCAUCUUUGAGCAUAUUUACUUUGCCCAGCCUAAUUCAAUAGUAUUUGGGAAGUCAGUGUAUGAAUCUAGACAUGCUUUCGGGGAAAUUCUAGCUACAGAGUCCCCUGUGGAGGGCUGUGAUGUUGUGAUAGCAGUUCCAGAUUCAGGUGUUGUAGCAGCACUUGGUUAUGCAGCCAAAGCAGGGGACAUUUAUCGAGCCAUCUCAGAAGAUUAG